AUGCAUCUCCCCACCCUCCCCUCCCUUUCCCUCCUCCCCCUCCUCCUCCUCCCACAUGCAUCCGCACACGGAACCCCCCACCCCUCCCCAGCACCCCAAACAACAACAAAAACCCUCUUCACCUUCCCCAACUCAACCUGGCUCGAAAACAUCCAUGUAACACCACACAACACGCUCCUCGUCAGCGUCAUCGAAACCCCCGAACUGCACCUGCUCGACCCGGCCACGGGGUCCCGCUCUUUGGUAACCACAUUCCAGGGCAAGUCCGUCGUCAUGGGCAUCACGGAGUACGGCGAUGAAAACGAGGAGAACUACGCGGUACUCACGGGCAACUACUCGCAAGCCGGGGGCGGCGUGCAAGGGACAUGGGAGGUCUGGGGCGUCAAAUUCCUGCGCGAUGCUCAUAUCCGUCCUUACGAUACCGACCACGACCAAGUCCAGGAAAUCCAGGAUCCCUCCGACCCAAGCAAAAAGAGACGUCUUGCCAUCCGCAAAUCCCUCCUCGGCACCCUGCCCACGGCAAAACUCCCCAACGGCUUCGCAGCCCUCAACGAGCACACACUCCUGAUAUCCGAGUCCACGGGCGGGAAACUGCUCUCCCUCGACAUCCGUUCCAAAUCCAACACCACGGUGCUCGCGGACGACACCACGGUCUGGGAUCCCAAGACUGCGACUUUGCCCAUCGGCAUCAAUGGGCUCAAGGUCUUCAAGUCCAGAGAUUCGUCGUCGGCGUGGGUGUACUACACAAACACGUUCCUGGACGCCGUGUACCGCGUCCGCGUCUCUGCUGCUGGCCCACAACCAAAAGUACAGGCGAAGCCGCAGUUGGUGGCCAAGGGGGAGAUCCUCGAUACCCCGGAUGACCUCGCCGUGUCGGUGGAUGGGAAGAGUUUGCUCGUGGCGCGACCGUUGGGCAAUGCGAUUGAGAGGGUGCAUGUUGAGACGGGCAAGGUGGAGACGGUGGUGAGUGGUGCGGCUGUCGAGGGGGCGACGAGUGUGAGCCUGGGUCGUGGCGAGAAAGGGAAGGGGUGGGUGUAUGUGAGUUCGAGUGUUGGCAAAGUGUUUGGCGUGAAGUUGAAUGGGAAGGCCUAA